AUGGAUUAUCAAGAGGCAAACAAAGGAGAGAGCAGUAAUGGUGGAGGCAUGGUUGAUAGGAGCUGGUGGGAACCUCCUCUUGAGGGGGUGUACAACGUGAACUGGGACACAACAAUCAAUAAGGCUUUCGGUAGGGUGGGUAUUGAGAUCAUCAUUAGAGAUCACGAGAGCAAAGUGAUGGCUAUCAAAAUAAUUCAAAGAGAGCUUUUUCCAGACACUUAUCGUGCUGAAUCUUUUGGGGUUCUUCAGGCUGUUAUUUUUGCUAGUGAGAUUGGAUUGAUGAUGAUUAUAAUUGAAGGGGAUGCAAUGCAGGUCAUAACAAGCAUCAAUCAGAAAGAAGCUAUCUACCACUGCUCAGGAGUUCUCAUUUGGGAUGCUAAACAAAAACUUUUACAAUUUGAGAGCUGGAAUGCCUAUCAUAUCAGAAGAGAUGCUAAUAUAGCUGGCUCAUGUCCUAGUUAA